AGACAGUUCAGUCUUUGUCUCUAAUUUCAUUUUCUUGGUGUCAUGUGUGGAAUAUUAAGAGCAGAUCCCUUUUCAUCCUGGAAUUUUGAUCAUUACAUGCUGGAAAUGAAUAAUUGUGUUCUUCUGGAAGAAGUACUGAUCAAAAAAUCUCAGCAGAAGAGAAGAACCUCCCCUUCCAACUUUAAAGUUCGAUUCUUCGUCUUAACAAAAUCAAGACUGGCAUAUUUUGAACGUCGUCCUGGGAAAAAAAGAAUUCUAAAGGGUUCAGUUGAACUAUCCAAGAUUAAAUGUGUAGAACUUGUAAAAAGUGAUGUCCCAGUUCCAUGUCACUAUAAAUAUCCUUUCCAGAUUUUUCAUGACAACUAUAUGCUCUACAUCUUUGCCCCCAACCUAGCAAGCUGCCAGAAAUGGGUCAUGGUUCUGAAAGAAGAAACUAGGAACAACACCACUUUGGUGUCAAAGUUUCACCCAGAUUUCUGGAUAGACGGACGAUGGAGAUGUUGUUCCCAGCUAGAAAAGAUGGCAACAGGCUGCAUGGAGUAUAUUCCAGCCAAGACUGCCUUUAGUAAACCUCUUCCGCCUACACCGGAGAAUAACAUGAAAUCAUCACUAGAUACCAAGGAAUCUUCAGUAAUUGCCAUUUAUGAUUAUAUUGCUCAGAAUUCUCAGGAAUUGACAUUACGAUGCAAUGAGGAAUAUUAUGUUAUUGAUAACUCUGAAGUCCAUUGGUGGUUGGUUGAGGAUAAGAAUGGGCAUGAAGGAUAUGUGCCAAGCAGCUACAUAGUAGAAAAAUCACCAGACAAUCUUCAAAUAUAUAACUGGUACAACAAGAAUAUCAACCGAACCAAAGCAGAAACAAUGCUCAGGGAAGAGAAUAAAGAAGGAGCUUUCAUGGUGAGAGACUCAAGGCAACCUGGCACCUAUACAGUCUCUGUCUUCACAAAAGCAUUAAACAAUGACAAUAGCUCUGUUAUAAAGCACUAUCACAUCAAGGAAACCAGUGACAAGCCCAAGAGAUAUUACUUGGCAGAGAAAUAUGUUUUUGAUUGUAUCCCGGAAUUGAUCAAUUAUCAUCAGUAUAAUGCAGGAGGUCUUGUUACUCGGUUGAGAUAUGCUGUCUCCACCUGGAGAGCAAAAGCCCCUGUUACAGCUGGAUUAAGUUAUGGCAAAUGGAUUAUUAAUCCGCAAGAACUAACAUUUGAACAGGAGAUUGGUGUUGGUGAGUUUGGGGUGGUUCAUCUUGGCAACUGGCUUGAUCGGAUGAAAGUGGCCAUAAAGACAAUUCGCACAGGAACAAUGUCAGAAGAAGACUUUAUUGAAGAGGCCCAAGUCAUGAUGAAACUUUCUCAUCCCAAAUUGGUCCAGUUACAUGGGGUAUGCCUGCAAAAUUCUCCUAUAUGUCUAGUAUUUGAGUUCAUGGAGUUUGGAUGUUUAUCUGAUUACCUGAAGAAGCAACGUGGAACCUUAUCAAAGGAAGAACUUCUUGGAAUGUGUCAAGAUGUGUGUGAGGGAAUGGCUUAUCUUGAGGAGGCAUCUUUCAUUCAUAGAGAUCUGGCUGCUCGGAACUGUUUGGUGGGCGAAUUUCAAGUUGUCAAAGUGUCAGAUUUUGGAAUGUCACGGUAUGUUCUUGAUGUAUAUAACAGUUCCAUUGGUAGUAAAUUCCCCAUCAGGUGGUCAGCACCAGAGGUUUUUUCCUAUAACCGCUAUAGCACCAAGUCGGAUGUAUGGUCAUUUGGAGUAUUGAUGUGGGAAGUAUUUACUGAAGGCAAAAUUCCUUAUGAGAAUCGGACAAAUGCUGAGGUGGUGGAAGAAGUCAGUGCUGGCUUGCGUUUGUAUAAACCCAGAAUUGCUUCCAAUACCAUUUAUAAACUUAUGCAACAUUGUUGGAAUGAGACGGAAAAUGACAGACCACCUUUUUCCCAACUGCUCGACAAUCUCAAUGAAAUUUCUGAUUCUGAUCAUUAAGAAUUAGUGGUUUUGAGAAGAUACAAAAAUAUACAUUUUUUUAAUCAUUGGGCAAAUGAUUUUAAUUUUAAUCAUUGGGCAAAUUCAUUAUCUACAUCUUGAAGGAGUAACCGAACUGCCACUGAGAUACUAAAAAGACUCUUGGCCUUCUGGAAGAAUUGAGAACCAAGAAAGUGGAUAGUAUACGAUACAAAAGAACAGUAGUGUGCAGUUCCCAUCCUGUUUCCAGUUAAUGGAAUAAUGAUGAUAUAGAUGAUAAUGAUAACAGUAGCAGUAAUAAGCUGAAGAGAACUGUUAGAGCCUAACAUGGAAAAUUAUUUAAUGAAACUGAUAAAGAUCCUCCAAGCUUGCUUAAAGCUGAAAGAAAAUAUUCAACUUAUUUGUAAAUGAACAAUUUCAAUAGCAGAUUGAAUGGAUUGACUGGAGAGACAGAAUGCAACAAAGAUAGGAAGGUUAAGAAUGUGGGUUAUUUUUUUCCAGUUUCAACUAAUAUAUCGAGAAAGGGGGGGUGUUAUGGAAUAGACAUCUUUGAUCUUCAUUUUAAUUUGGCUGCAGUGAAAUAAGGCCUUGUAUCAGAUACAUUGGAUCCCUCAUUCACUAUUUCCACAAUUACGCUGUUAUGGACAGAUUCAGGAGAUAUCUGAACUGAAGUACAGCUGAAUCCAUUAUCGGAGGCAGGGUUGAAGCUUUUUCUUAAUUUGUAAAUUUUGAAAGACAUUGAGCUUUUUGCCUAGAAAGGAGAAAAAAUAGUUCUACUUUCAAUCGAAAUUAAAGAUUUUACCCCCAAAACUAUCUUUUUUUCUUAGGGCUAAUCACCUUUGUUUGAUUGGUGUAAUUAUUUUCAUGCAAAAAAAUGUUGAAAACUCCCAUAGAGAUGAUGUGUUUUUUCUGAACACAAAUUUAGUUUUCUUAAGCUAAAGUUAGUAAUAGACUUUUUGUCAAUUUCAUCAAAAGUUGCCACAAAUAUAUAAAGGCAUCCACCAAUUUUUUGUGGGAUUGCCCGAGAUAUAAAGAUUGCUUUUACGAAGUUAUUCAGAACUAUUCUUAUCAACUUGGUCUGAUCUGUUUGUGACUGUAAAUGUAAUUCUUUUUUUUUGACAGAAAUAUAUAUUUAAC